AUGACGUGGGGUACCUUCAGGUGUUUGGAAAAGCCUCUCAAAGUGGAGAAGAAUCAGAUAUACGCUGCUAAGGUGGAGAACAAUUGGCACCGUGUGCUGGUGAAGGGAGUGUUGACCAACGGCCUGGUGUCUGUCUAUGAGCUGGACUACGGUAAACACGAGCUGGUCAGCGGCACCCAGCUUCGCCCACUUAUCCAGGAGUUCAGACAGCUGCCAUUCCAGGGCAUCACUGCACAACUCGCAGGAGUGAAGCCGAGGCAGUGGUCAGAGGAGGCUUCCAUUGUGUUCCGGAACCACGUAGAGAAGAAGCCGUUGGUGGCCCAGCUGGAGGCCGUACAGGAAGCGCAUCACCCCUGGGACAGGAAGUUGACUGUCUUCCUGGUCGACACCUCGCAGGAGGAGAGGGACAUCUGGGUGCAUGACAUCAUGGCCGAGUUCGCAGACAAACUCACCAAAGAAGUGUAGUUGGAUAAACCCUGU